AGCGCCAUUGCAUCUCAAACUGUGUGAAUGUUUUGUCCUUACAUCUGGAAUGAUGCAGCGGUGCGGUGGUGCAGCGCCAUCCAUCAAAAAUUGUAUAAGUGUUUGCAUUUUGUCCAGACAUCUGUCGUAACGGGCCACAGUAGUGAGACCUCACAUUUGUUUUGUGUUUUUUUCAUGAGGUGGUGACGCCGUCGCCGGCCUUCCUCUCCCGCUCUCUUGGAUACAAUCUGGCGUGACCAGUGUUGUGGCUGACAAGUGGCAUGUGAACUCUACACAGAAAUAUAUGUACAAUACAAAGCAUGUAUGUAUUUAUUUUUACUAUAUGUAGUGCCAUUGGUAGGAAUGUGUAACCUAAACGCAACGAAGACGCGAAACUCGAGGAAAUUAUGCGCCAAAGUCUGGAUGGUAAAAAUUUAGGCCCGAAACUCAAAGAUCGCAAAAUUCGGAUACAGUGAAACUUGAGAGGCAAGGUCUGGAGGGAAUCUCUUCAAACAAGAGUUAUACCAGCAGUACUUAAAGAAGAAAUCAUCACACCAAUCUUCGAAAGUGACUCAAGAGGUCUAGCAACAAACUUCAGACCAGUUUGUCUUUCAUCCCAUCUUAUCAAGUGUCUGUCGUGUCUGUGGGCUUGUUGCGCCACUGGCUACAUCCGUCUUCAUUACAUGUGACGGAUCCACGAAAUUCAGGUGUUGUUGCUGCAGCCACCCGAGCGGCCAUCCAGGUGAAGAUGUGGACUGAGGGACGUAUUAUGUAGAAUCCUUAGUGAAGUGAUGCUUCUCUCUACGUCACCAUGCUCAAGCUGUACGUUGAUCUCAUGUCUCAGCCAUCCAGGGCAGUGUACAUCUUUUUGAGGAAGACCAAAAUACCCUUUGAAACCAACCUCGUCAAUCUAGCCAAAGGAGCACACCGCACAGAAGAGUACGCAGCUAUAAAUCCUUUCCAGCAAGUGCCAGCAAUAGAUGACAGUGGUUUUAAAUUAUCAGAAAGUGUUGCAAUACUACGUUAUCUGUGUCGUGAGCACAAUGUUGAUGACCACUGGUACCCUAAGGACUCAAAGGCUCAGGCUCAGGUGGAUCAAUAUCUGGAAUGGCAGCAUGUCAAUACCAGGAUUUCAUGUGCCAUGUACUUCCAACACAAGUUCCUGAUUCCCAAGAUGUUUGGGACUGAGGUGAACGAGAAGAAGGUUGCUGACUUCCAGUCCCGCAUGGAAGAUGCCUUGGAGAAGUUUGAAACAGUAUGGCUGAAGGAUCAGCCAUUCCUUGCUGGAAAUGAAGCUUCCAUUGCUGAUAUUCUUGCUGCUUGUGAACUAGAGCAACCCAGUAUGGCUGGCUAUGAUGUGUGUGAGGGGCGCCCUUUGGUCACUGCAUGGUUGCAACGUGUGAGAGAAGCCUUCCAUCCCCACUAUGAUGAGGGUCAUGCUAUUGUCAAUAAAGUUCGAGCUAAGCAAGGAUUCAAGGCACCCGGUGCUAAACUUUGAAAUAUAUAGUACAUAUUGAUGAUACAGGUUGGUCCCUUACAAUCAGGCAUGUCAGUUCCAGUAGUAUAUUGCACAAAUUGAUGUAUUGUUAUAAAGUGGAACAAAGAGAAAUUAUGAGACUGGUUCCAGAGCACGUAAUCAUACUCGUACAACUGGCUUUCUCCCAAACAAGUGGAAAGGCAUAUGACAAAAAACAAAAUACAUACUCAGAACGUCAAAAAAAUAUUUACAAAUGUAAAAAGAGAAAUUUUAAAACCUGAAGUUUUACAUAAUCUUUAUUUAAAUUGUAAUUGGAACUUGGACAGUAUGCUGUGAGGAUCAGUGCUCUCUCCUCUAAAGUUCUUGAGGAUGAGAUAUGAAGGAAUGCUCUCUCUCUCUCUCUCUCUCGCUCUCUCUAAGAGUGUAAGAACAUAAAAACAUAAGGGAAGUUUGAAGAAGCCAUCAGGCAUAUACAUGGCAGUCAAUGUCUGAAACAUACUUAUCUAUUUCCACCUAUUAUCUCCAUCCAUAAAUUUAUCCAGUCUUUUAAAGCUCCCUACUGAUUCAGCACUAACAACCUGAUUACUGAUUCCACUCCAUUCAUCCAUUCUAUUUUGAGAACCAAUUCCUUCCUAUCUCUUUCUUGAACCUAAAUUUUUCAAGCUUGAACCCAUUAUUUCUUGUUCAAUCCUGGUUACUGAUCUUGGGAAUUUUGCUCAUAUCAGCCUUGUUUUAUCUCCCUAUACCACUUAAAGACUUCUGUCUGGUCCUCUCUUAACCUAUGCCUCUCUAAGGAAUGUAAAUUAAAAAGCUUCAGUCUCUUUGUAAUUUUUUACUAACUCAUAAGAAAAAUGUCAGCCAUAUGUAAGUUUGAGAUAAAAUCCAUAUGAAGAUUUUUUCAGAAACAAAGAAUAUGUUCAAGCCAAAUAAAAACUCUCUUUAAAGUAGCAUCACAAGUUUUACCAAAGUUCCAAAGAGAGAAUAACUGAGACUCAGAAAAGAAAAGAAAAUCACUCUGCUCUGCAUGAUAUCUCUUGCUAGAAAUUUGAGAUUUGCCUACUGUCAAAACCAACUCUGGAUAAAUGUAAAUGUAGUGCAGUGCUGUAAAUGUUAGAGGGUGUCUUGAUAUAGUAUAUUAUAUAAUUUUGUAAAGGAGUAUAUUUUUUAAAUAUAUGUAUGUAGUCUAUUGUAUGGCUACUA